AUUUAUGUCAUAAGAGUCAUAAACGAGUUUGUUGGGAAACUUAAGAAAAGUGAUUACUUUAGUUGAUCAAUUACGUGAUAUAGGACUUAAUGAUUACAUAAAAUUACCUCGAAUAGUUGUCCUAGGUAUCCAAUCUGCAGGUAAGUCUUCAUUGUUGGAACAUAUUGUUGGAAUUGAUUUCCUACCUAGAGGAUCUGUAAUAUUAUGAUUUGAUAAAUAGGGUGUUGUCACAAGAAGACCAUUGGAAUUGCGUCUGUCUUAUUCACCUUAAAGUGUGUGUGCUUAACCAACAGCUGAAUUCGUAGAAGAAAUCAAAGGGAAGAAAUAUACCAAUUUUGAUGAAGUCAGAAAGAGCAUUGAAGAUUUAACAGACAAGGUAUGUGGAACAAGUAAAAACAUCAUUGACAAACCAAUCAUUUUGGCAGUGACAGGACCUAAUUGUCCAGAUCUAACUCUUGUUGGUAAAGAUAAAAGAUUCUAUGUAGUUUAGACUUACCUGGAAUUACAAGAAUACCAAUUAUGGAUUAACCUAAAGAUAUUGAAUAAAUCACAACCAAUAUGGCUAGGAGAUAUUGUGAAGAUCCAUCAGCCAUCAUUUUAUGCGUUGUUGCAGCUAAUGCUGAUAUGACAACAUCAGAUGCACUAUUAUUGGCUAAAAAAUUGGAUCCAGAUGGCAUCAGAACUGUGGGAGUCUUAACAAAAAUAGAUAUUAUGGAUCAAGGAACAAAUGCAAUUAAAAUGUUAAAAGGAGAGGAAGUACCACUCAAAUAUGGUUAUGUGGGAGUGAAGUUAAGAUCCCAGUAAGAAAUUAAGGAUAAUGUUCCCAUUGUCCAGGCUGUUCAAAGAGAAAAGAACUUCUUUGCCAAUCAUCCUGUUUAUUCCUCUAUUCCCGGAGAUAUAUUUGGUACUUAAGUGUUGACGGGCAAAUUAACUAGGAUUCUAUAUAGAAGAAUCAGAAGUUUCUUACCUACUUUAAUGUAAGAAAUCAAUUAAAGGAUCUCUAAAGUAUAGAAUAGACUUGACAUUUUAGGACCUGGAUUGCCAAUUGAAGAUUCUGUAAUUUAUUCAAUAAUAUUAUUUAGGAUAAAUUACAUUAUAUUUGGCAACUCAUCCAUGAGUUUUCAGUUCGUUAUAGGAAUUCUAUAUCAGGACAAUAUGAAAAGCAAAAGGCUAAUAUCAAGAGCUUAUAAGUGCCAGCUGGUUCAUCAAUUAAAUUGCUUUUCAAGGAUUUAUAUGAUGAUUACAGUCAAUUAGACUAUUGUGCUUUAAAGAAAUUUAAGGAUGAGGACAUUCUCUAAGUCAUUUAAAAAUAUUAGGCAUAAUCUAUCCCUGGCUUUUUACCUGUGGAUGCAUUCUAUGCCCUCUUGAAUCCAGAAUUAAAGAAAUUAUAUGCUCCUGCUUAUGACACUCUUGAACAAGCAUUUUAAAUUCUAGAAUAAUAUGCAACCACUAUUUUAGAAAGUCAAUUACAAUAGUAUUAGUCUAUUUGUAUUUUAUAGAUUGCCUUCUGUUUACAAAAUGCUAUAAGAUUAAAUUAUGGAAGUGAUUCAUGAAUGUAAAAAGAAUGCCCACGAUUCUAUUACUGAUGUUCUUGAUGCAGAAUAAAACUACAUAUUCACCAAUGAUUUCAAUUAUUUAAGUGGCAAACCUUUCAUCAAAUUUGGCAAGGAAUCAAAGGCUGAUCAAUAAAAAGGAAAUCCUAUGGUUUUAGAAUUAAGAACUAAAAUAGAACAUUAUUUCAAAUUGGUUGUCAGGGCUACCAGAGACAAUAUUCCAAAACUUAUUGGAUACUUUUUAGUUAAAGGAUGCUAAGUACUUAUAUAAUUUAUAUAUAUAGAAUCAAAUGUUGAGAUAAUUGUAAUAAAACUUAAUGCAAAACUAAACAAUUUUGUCAGUUAUUAGUGAAGACUAAAAUGUAGUUGAAGAGAGAAAGAAAUUAAAUAGGGAAAUAGAGACAUUUAAAAAUGCAUAAAAGAUUAUUAAAAGAGAUCCUGAGUAAAAAUAUAAAAGUUAUUUUUUAGUCUAUCAGAAUAUAUUUUAUCAACAACAGAAGAAUAAGAAGAUUAGUAAUACAUAUAAAAAUAAAAAUAAUAAACUAGUUCUGCAUCUAAUUAAUAGAAUAAACCAUAAGUAAGAUAUUGAAAUUAAUUAAUAGUAAUAAACUUCUUAAUAAUAAUAAUAAUAAUAAUAAUAAUAAUAAGCAACAACAACAAAAUAACAAACUUAAUAAGUCUCUACAAAUAAUAAUUAACAAAAUAAAGCUUAGACAAUUAAUACUUAAAUAUCCAAUCAAAGAACAGAUGUGAUAAAAGACUAAGAACAACAUCCUUAAAGACCUAAUGAUCCUAUUGUAAAUAGAACUACUACUCAGUAACCAGAUUCAAAUAGGCAAUAACCAUCACCCACAUAACCAUAAUAAAAAACAACUCAACCUCAAACUCAACCUACCCAAUAAAAUCAAUAACCUUAAAAUAAUUAUCCAUUGAAUAAUAAUAAACCAACUGGAAAUAUUCAGCCAGCAGCUUAAUAAUAAGGACCUCCUCCUGUAAGUUAUUAAUUUAAUAAACUUUUAGGCUCAAUAACAAUAAUAAACCUAAGCUUAAUAGCCACAAUAGGAAAAAAAAAGUUUGUUUGGGUUUAUGAAGAAAUGAUUUUAUAUUAAUCAUUUGAAAUUAUCAAAAUAUAUUAUGGACUGG